GAGAGCCAGACAUCAUACACUGAGAUGGCAACGACUAUGAAACGGUAAACGCUGGAUUAACACUGGUGUCGAUUAUGGUACGGUGAUAUAUCAUGUUAGCUAACAUCUUAAUCAUAUCAGCGGGGAUGUUGUUUAAAAAAAAUGUAAAGAUAUGAUGACAGACUGGCACAGCCAGUGUGCUGGUACACAGCCUGAUCAUCAGACAGCAUGGGGUUAAAACUCACUGGCAAGGGACAACAGAGCCAUAGGCUGGUGAUCUUUGCAGCCAUCUUCGUCCUGAUGACACUCCUCAUCCUGUAUGGCUCCAACAAUGUCAACGAUACAAUUUAUGCUCCCUUUCACGUGGCUACAAAUUAUGCCGUCAAGGCCACAGAUUUGAAGAAGUGGUCCGGGAAAGACGGAUAUGUGCCAUUACACGGGAACAAGAGUAUGAAUCUACGCUGUCGUAACUGUGCGCUGGUGACGAGUUCCAGCCAUGUCCUGGGUAGUCGAGCGGGGGAAGAGAUCGACCGCACGGAGUGCGUGAUACGUAUGAACGACGCGCCCACGUUGGGGUACGAGACCGACGUAGGGAACCAGACCUCUCUGAGGGUCGUUGCCCACUCCAGUGUGUUCAGGGUGGUCCGGUGGCCUAAUGAGUUGCUACAGAGGCCAGACAGCAGCCCUGUGAUCAUCUUCUGGGGACCCCCAAGCAAGAUUGGGAAGGAGGCCAAAGGAACCUUGUACAGGUUGAUCCAGAGAGUCAGCAUGACCUACAGCAACUUGUCUUGUUUCAGCAUUACAGCCAGCAAGAUGCGCAGAUUUGACAGCCUGUUUCACAGGGAGACGGGGCGAGAUAGACAAAAAUCUCACUCAUGGUUGAGCACAGGCUGGUUCACCAUGGUCAUAGCCAUUGAGAUAUGUGAUAAUAUCAAAGUAUAUGGGAUGGUUCCACCCAAUCACUGUGGAAAAUCCAAACCUGGAUCCAAGAAGAUUCCCUACCACUACUACAAGCCCAGGGGGCCUGAUGAAUGUGUAACAUAUCUACAGAAUGAGGGCAGCAGAAGAGGGAACCACCAUCGCUUUAUCACAGAGAAACAAGUGUUUGCACGCUGGGCAAAGCAGUACAACAUCACCUUCACUCAUCCUAAAUGGUUUUAGACUUUUGUGAAAACCACUUGGAGAUCUAUCUGCACUCACAGAAGCUGAAGGGGAAUGAGCGCAAUGGGCUGACUUCCCCAAAUGAGCCUUCAAAAAGCCACAUGAUGAGUAACCGCUAUUUUCAGGAAUCUCCGCAAGGAUGAAAAAGCGUUUGGACGAAACUAUUAUUGGACCAAAUGACUGAGGAGAAGAGGGCAGGAUCUCAGUUUGGAGGGGAAAUACUAUAUUGUGUAUAUUCCACAGUGACAUGUGGUGGCCAUUAAAACAGGUGUUUUUUUGUAAAUAGAAAAGGAAAUCAAUUUAAAGAUGAAUUUUUACAUGUUUAUAUUUUUGUUAUUACGUAUUGAAAAUGCACUUAGUUUCCAAUGUUGGGCGGGAUUAUAUAAGUAACCCUAUUACAUAAACACACAAUAACAGUAUUAUCUCUCACUUAGCCAUCCGUCAUACAGAGUUUAUACUCUACAGUAAUAGCAGUCAGAUUCAGCAGAACAUUGGUGCCCUCUGACGCAAUAUGUGAGCAAUGUUGCUGGGAACAAAUCCACCAUUAUCUGAACUGAUAACAAAUCCAUCAUUAUCUAGCUAGAGUAAUAUAAACAUUUCUACAUACAUUUUGAUUUAAAUAAACAACUAAAUAAGUCUUAAAUUGGCAAAGAUGGGAUUUAAAUCAGGAAAUAUCUGAAUCACAGCUAAAGACAACUGCCGGCUUAUUAUAAGAUAUACCUUUAUUGAUCCCUAGAAGGAAACUUGGUGAUUCAACAGGGACAAACAAUUACUCUACUGUUAACGUAACACACAUAAGACAUUCAGAUGGCUGAAAUUCUGCGGCAACAUAUUUAUUCUAGACACUAAUUGCCACAUUAUACAGAAUACUUUUUAAAAUCUUAAUUUGUUACACCCUCAAUUUGAAGGUAUUAGUCGUUCUUUGUAACAUUUUUGAUGUACUAUUGUUGAUUUGAAUGUUUUCAUGAAAAUUAGACUUUAUAACAUAAAACCGUUUUACCUCAGUGGCAGUCCAGUGCAUGCAUCUUAAGUUCAAAUAGUCCACAAAAUGCAUUCUGGUCAUGUUAUGUAUCAGUAUGUUGCUCUUAGGACCGCACGAUUAACAUCAAAUUGAAAUUGUAACUUUAAAACUA